UGCACGCCUCUGCGCGUUCCUCAUUCAUCUCAGUGCGCGUGAGUGAGAGGCAGCAGGCGGAGUGCGAGUCCUGCUGACACCACAAUAUUGGUCUGAACCUCGACUCGUACACAUUGAGGAUACAUUUGGAUUAUCAAACAUUUCUCCCUUCACCAGUCCAGAUACGACAGCGUCUGUCCUCCGUGAGAAGGUGCUGGACAGGAGCAGGACGUGAGCGCUGACGGUUUGGUGCAGUCGGGCGCAGCGGGGGGGCAGAGAGGCGAGCGCAUGAGGAGAGGGCGUCCCGAGACCCCCGUCUCCACACUCCGCGCUCGCACACACACGUUCACGGACACACCGCGCCUAGCAACCCUCGAGCCGCCAUGAGGUCCAUUCGGUCAUUCGGGAAUGAUGACCGUCACGUCAUGGCCAAGCACUCCACCAUCUACCCUUCCUCUGAGGACCUGGAGGCGGUGCAGAGCCUCGUCUCCACCGUGGAGUGCGCUCUGAAACACGUGUCUGAUUGGAUGGACCAAACUCAAGCCAGCCAAUCAAAUCAAUCGAAUUCAUCCAGCACACAGGAAGACACACCUGAGACAGAGGCCAGCGCGGACGAAUCACCAGAAGGCAGCACAAAUGAGGACAGCAGCAGUAGUAGCAGUCCCAGUGAAGGACGGGUGUUGUGUGGCGUGAUGAGGAUCGGUCUGGUGGCCAAAGGCCUCCUGAUUAAAGAUGACAUGGAUCUGGAGCUGGUGCUCAUGUGCCGAGAGAAACCCACCAAGACUCUGCUGUGCACCGUCUGUGACAACCUCCCGCUGCAGAUCGAGAAGUUGACAGAGGAGAAGUAUGAGGUACAGAGCUCUAUCCCCGAGGCCGCCAUCUUGGUCCGCACUAUGGCCGAACCCAAACUCACGCUGAAGGUGACGCUCACCUCCCCGCAGAUACGAGAUGACGGCGAGACGGAGGAGCAAGAGAGCGUUGAGUCGAGCGAGCCGGCGGACCUGUUGGAUACACAGAGGUGCCUGGUGGCGUUGGCCUCUCUGCGACAUGCCAAAUGGUUCCAGGCUAGAGUUAACGGGCUGAAGUCGUGCGUGAUCGUCUUACGAAUACUGAGAGACAUGUGCAAUAGAGUCCCGGCGUGGGAACCUCUGAAAGGAUGGCCUUUGGAGUUAAUAUGUGAAAAGGCCAUCGCCACGUGUAACAGACCUCUGGGAGCAGGAGAGGCCCUGCGUCGGGUCAUGGAGUGUCUCGCCUCUGGCAUACUGCUUCCAGGUGGACCAGGCCUGCAUGAUCCCUGUGAGAAGGAGCCGACGAACACCCUGUCAGCCAUGACGGAUGAGCAGGCGGAGGCCAUCACGUACAACGCACAGCAUGCUCUGCGGCUCAUGGCGUUCGGGCAGAUCUAUAAGGUCUUGGAAAUGGAGCCUCUCCCCUCAAGUAAACCUUCUCAGAAAUUCCCCUGGUCAGAUAAAGAAGGUCUAGGGCUGAAGAGACCUUAUGAAGAUGGUAUGCUGGAUGACAAAGACCUCAUCAAGAAGAUGAAACGCAACCUGAGAAAAGCAGUUCUUGACAGUAAAGCAAUAGACUCAAACCAACCCAUGAACGCUCUGAUGCGCUUGAACCAGAUCCGGCCGGGGCUGCAGUAUAAACUGCUGUCUCAGUCAGGUCCGGUUCACGCCCCCGUCUUCACCAUGUCUGUAGACGUCGACGGCACUGUUUACGAAGCCUCUGGCUCCUCUAAGAAGACCGCCAAGCUGCACGUGGCUGUAAAGGUGCUACAGGCGAUGGGUUACCCCACAGGCUUCGACACAGACCUGGACUCCAUGAGUGCAGAUGAGAAGUCGGACGGGGAGGGCAAGAGCGAAACGUCCACACACUCAAGCAAUAACACAUCACACUCCUCAGACAGCUCCAACACGUUGGAGGUACGAACUCAGGGUCCUAUUUUGACGGCCAGCGGGAAGAACCCGGUCAUGGAGCUGAAUGAGAAACGUCGUGGGCUGAAAUACGAGCUCAUCUCAGAGAGCGGAGGAAGUCACGACAAACGCUUCGUCAUGGAGGUUGAAGUGGACGGGCAGAAGUUUCGUGGCGCAGGGCCCAAUAAGAAAGUAGCCAAAGCCAGCGCUGCCCUCGCGGCUCUCGAAAAACUCUUCUCCGGGCCUAAUGCUGCUGGCAACAAGAAGAAAAAAAUAAUCCCUCAGAGUAAAGGGGCAUUAGCUGCAGCUGCUGCUGUGUCUGCCGUCGCGGCCCAGGCGGCACGAGGGCGAGGAAGACCCACCCUCACGCGAGGAGCCUUCGUCAGCGCCGCGGCAGCACCUGGAUACGUCACGCCAGGCUUCGGAGCCCCAUACGGGUACAGCGCAGCGGCCGCCACUCCUGCAUACGGUUUGCCCAAGAGAAUGCUUCUGUUGCCCGUCAUGAAAGUGCCCGCCUACCCCGUCCCCCACUACUCUUUCUUUUAGCUCAGGAGCCUACUUUACACACACAUACACACUCAUGUACACACACACACAGCAUAAAUGUACGUGAGAAGGGAAGGUCAGAUAGCACAGCCCUAUCACGUGUAGGGACAGCUAUAAGGGUAUUUGUAAAGUGCUUUUUAUUUGAUCAUCACUUUUUUUGGUUUUCUUACUGUCUUCUGGUUUUAAGCAAAUACAGGUUUUAUGUUCUUCGGAAAGAAAACUUGAAGGAUUUGUACUGUGAAUUGUUACCUCAUUCUUGGAAAUUUAACUUAUAUCAGCCUCUUUUGUUAUCAUGGUUGUGUUUUUCUUGUAGAAGGGGAAUAGGCUGUCAUGACAGGCUUAAUCUAUGUAUCAGGAGCUGUGUUUAAGAUGUAUAGAUCUAAUUCAUACUACUGCUAACAAAUAAACCUUUAUCUUCAUGAACUGCUAAGCACUGACUGGUGUAUAUUUGAAAACUCAUUAGUUACUCGUUUAGCAUAUGUAUAUGUUCAACUAGCAGUUUUAGCAGCUCUAAUUUUACAUUUCCUUAAGCUUUCAGAUACUUUCAGAAGUUUUAAGGGAUGUUUCAGGUUCAAUACAAGACAUUCUCUAUGGAUGGCAUCUUUGCAUUCUGUUGAUGACCUCAAAAAUUGUUCUGACUUGUCCCUCAGUGUGUAAAAAAAGUCAAAAAUCAAUCUAUAUUGAUUGGGUUAGUCAACCUAUAGUUGUUAGUUUAUUUUUGUUUUGUUUUUUGUUUGUUUUGAUCUUUGGUUUCCCUCCUAGAAAACUCUAGCUUCGUCCUCUAGUGGACCCUAUGACAACGCAGCAUCUCGUUCCCUCUCGGGGAACCAUCUCUACAUGUGUAACCCGAGACGUUCCCCUUCUAGGGAGCUCGAGCUGUGUCCUCAAAGUGUCCAAUAGAGGACGCAGUGUCUCGUUUCCUCUCAGGGAACCAUGGUUACAUGCAGAACCUGAGAUGUUUUGUUUGAAAUCAAACACCUAUAGCUAUGUUUCCAUCACCCUGUUUUUGCACAUUUUGAAGUAUCGCAUCAGAAACUAGUGAUUGGUGGGGGGGAAUCACAAAAAUGUUUACGCUCACUUGAAGUGGUUUUUGACUUGUUUGAAAAAGGGUUCAUGUGAAUAAUAGGAUAUGGAAACACUUUUAUGAAACAAAUUCCUCAUACACGUGACUGUGCUAUGGGAUGGCAUAACCAGUGGACAGAUCUCAUUGCACAGUAGAAGUCUGCACAGGCUUUAAAUUGAACUUGGCCCAUACACAAGAUCGUCUGACCCGACCCAAGUGGCACUGUUAAAUUUAGAGCCUGAACCCCACUUUAGUCAACUAAACAAAGGUUAAAUAGAAUGAACAGAAAACAUAUUCUUGAUUUUUAUGGCAUUUCACGAAACGUCCCAACUUUUCUGGAACUGGGGUUGUAGGAAACUCGAGCUGCAUCCUGUAGUGGACACUAUGAGAACACAGCAUCAUGGUUACAUGCGUGACUCGAGACGUUCCCCUUCUAGGAAACCUGCGUCCUCAAAGUGUCCACUAAAGGAAACAGUGUCAUUCCCUCUCGGGGAACCAUGGUUACAUGCAUAACCCGAGACGUUCCCCUUCUAGGGAACUCGAGCUGCGUCCACUAGUAGACACUAUGAGGACGCAGCAUUUUCUUUUUUUCUCUGGGAACCAUGGUUGCAUGCUUAACCCAAGAUAUUCCCCUUCUAGAGAGCUCGAAUUUUGCACACAAGUUAAAUGCGCAACUUUGGAUGGAAACCCAGCUAGUGAUUACGUAUAAUGUUAAAGCUAAGCUUUAAGCUUUCAAAAAUAUGUCUUUAUUAUAAUGUUAACAUUUUAAUAUACGAAAAUGUGUAUUUUAAUGUAAAAAAAAAAAUCGAUAGACUUACAUUAUAAGUGCAUUACUGUGCACAUUUUUUAUUAUUAAUUAAUUAAUUUAUUUUUAAAUACCAGCAAGUUUGUGCUGUGCCUGUUCUUGCAUAAAAUAUAAUGUGCUUUGAACCUAUUUAUCAACGGUAGUUUGCAUUACAUUGAAAAAGGCACACAAACAGGUGUUUUUAUUCAGUAAAUCUGCCUGAAUCUAGAUCACUAAAGCAGUUCAUACAGCUGCACUUUAGGUUUGGGCUCAGUUCUUUCUCUCUCUUUUUUUUUUUUUUUUUUUUAAUACCAGCUGUGGGACAAGUCAGUUCUCUUCUGUGAUAAUCAACAAUAUUUCUUGAACCUGGAACAUUCCUUUUUAUUUCAAUCUAGCAAAAUGUGUUAAGAUUUCAAACUGCAUUUUUAUUUAUUUAUUUUUUUUAAGGAAAAAGUUAAUGCAGAAAGUUGAUUAGUCAGGCACUAGAUGUCUCUUGUUCCACUGAGCAGUUAGUAGUAGAGUUGAACCAUACAAAGGCACUCAUCACACAGACAACUCAAACACGGCCCCUCACAUGGACACACACCGGAAGCUCCAGUCACAGCCUUACAGCGGAGAAUCGAAAGCAGCAACAAGGGAUCCAUGGAGACAUGCUACUGAAAUGUCUUUUUGUCCUUUUUUGUUUUGACUUAUUGGUGAGUGUCUUAUUGUGUGUGAGAUGUUAUUUCAUACUCCUCCAAAGGCCAGCACAAGCCAUUUCACAUCGGGGUCUGCAACACUUUGCUCGGGGUCUUCUUUUAUUAUCAUUGAGAGUAUUUAUAUCUUGAAUUUAUUUGUAUAUAUGUUAAUAUAGUAAUGUUGUAGUUUUUGUCAAUUUUAGUUAUACUAAAGUACAUCAGGUUAAAUUAGUUUUAUUUUAGUUAGUUAUUUCUGUUUUAGUUAACUGUAACAAUUGAAUAUAACAUACAUUGAACUUGAGUUAACGUUCAUAAAACAUUGACGUUGGGACAUUUGGACGAUGCUUGUGCUGUCUUAUGGCUGGGUCAUGAUCAUCGCUUACCAAAGAGGAACUCCAUCUCCAUGGUUAGACGAGUGGUCACAAUAUUCCCAUCCAUCGUUAAUGGAUCCCUCGCAUUCGUCAUGGUCAUCCCUCAAGUGUCUACUCGAAACCAAUGGCCCGUCCUCUUUGGUAGUGAUAAGCUGUCAUUGUACUAUACUCUCUCGAAAAUCACGACAGAUCUGAUUUGUCAGAGUUAUGUACUAACUACAUCUGUAUGGAAACCUCCGAGUUGCCACAUACGUUUCACAUUUCCUCUGCCUUCUCUCAAACGAAUGAGCUCUAAGUUUUUUUUUGUGUUUUUUUUUUCCGUUCUGUCGGAAAGUUAACCGUGCAGCUUAAGUUGUUGAUGUCUUUUUAUUAACCUGAGACGCUCCCGGUGCAAUGAAAACCCCACGUACAGCCCGAAAGAGCAGAGACCCUAGUAUCCACCCCUGUGGCACACCCUAACCCCAUUCCCCCCUCGCCCUGCCAUCAGAAUGUAUAUACCGCUGCCUCCUGCCGGGCCGCACCAUUAAUCGCAGCUCUCUCUGCUCUUGUCCUCACUGUAGGUGGUCUUUUCAUUGACAAUCCCUUUUACCAGCCGCGGACCAUCGCUCCUUUUAUUCACUUGGGUCCUCAAGAUCUCUUCUCUGACUUCUAGAACCAUCAGGUUGUGUGGCUCUAAACUGUCGUACCACUCCAGGCUUGACCAGGCUGUCUCCACCGCACAGAAACGGCCCAAACUUCAUACACUCUCCACCCAAACCCAUCCAUCCCCAAUCUAAGGAUCCAAAAACGCACCAAUCUUACAAAAGCAAUACUCUAUUUGACUUGCUCGUCCCGAAAACCGGCCGGGGACUUCGGUUCCUUCUUAUAUAGCAAUACACUUGAACUCUUUUGGGCUUUAAGCUUACUUGAGAUGUGAAUGUUCAGUUGAGUCUUACUCAAACUUGGCAUUGCAAUAUAGUCAUUCUCAUUGUAUAUUCACCACAUGUGUAUGUGUGGCUAUAUUAUAAAUACAUGCAUAUAUAUGUAUGGUCUAUGGCACUAUAAAUAUAUAUGUGUAGAUAUACCGAUGUACUUAUGUAUAUUUAUAUACAGUAUAUAUAUACAUAUACAUAUUCUUGGUAUUGAUUAUUUUAGAAUCGGAAGGUGAUCUGUAACCAUACUACUAGAAUAUAACUUUCUUCCAGUUUUAUAUAUACAGUAUACAUAUAUAUAAAUAUAUAUAUGCUAAGCAAUUUAAUCUCGUAAAUUAUUCUUGUGAACAUGCAAUAUGACAGCCCUUUUCUUAAUCUACCUGUUGUAGAUUAGUAAUGCUUCCUUCUCUCUGACUCGAGCAGCUUCGCUGUGUCUUUUCGCCAGAUCUGCGCGUAAGUGUUUUUGCUCAGUCGACCAAAGUCUGGCGUUCUGGUUGGGUUACGAGGUCGUCCUCCAAACAUCUGGCCACUGUGCCGCCUACAUCCACAACUCACGCAGGUCGUUUAAAAGCACAUCCGACGGCAAAUUUCUGCCUGUCGACUGAGGUGCAUACUCGUACACGUAAUCGCGGUAUGAAGGGCAGCUAGUGUGACCCGGUCACUCCUCACUUUCCCCUGCAAAAAAAGCACAGGUGACUCUCUUUAAUGCGGCAUAGGUGGCCCGUCAUUUGCCUUUCCAUUCAUUUUGUCAUUCUUCUCAGGCCUGUUUCACAUGCACACAAAAGUGGUGCAUAUUUGGAUGCAUUUAUAUUGGUUGCAGCAUUCACAUUCAGCAUGAGCUUGCGUUGCGGGAGCGUAGCUGCAAGUUUGUGCGGUGCCUGUUCUUGCGGAAAAUGUUGAAAAUGUGCUUUGAACCUAUUUAUCAGCAGUAGUUUGCAUUAGAGGCUUUGAAAACAGCACCCAACGGGUGUUUCUAUUCAGUAAAUCUGCCAGAAUCUAGAUCUCUGAAGCAGUUUAUAGCUACACUCCGUGUAGAUUAAUUUUUAUAUUUGGAUGUAAAUGUGAUGUGAUACAUGCGUAAAUUUUUAAUUUCAAGAUGAUCAAGUUUAAUAAUUUAUAGUUAUUACGGAUGCUCAAUGUACUGGCUAUUAGAACUGCAGUUUAGCACGUGUGUUGUGAAACAGGCCUGUUGAUGCAGCAGCGUGCGGUCGCUUUUUACUUUUGCGUUUUUCUUCAGCAGGUCUGUUGUAGCGCAACUUUAGGCGAACUAAUUAAUAACAGCACUCAAAAGACUCCCAGAUAUAAACCACAGAGCACAGUCAUGGGAAUAAGCUUAAUAAUAUCGUUUUAGCUGUGCUAUAUUCAGACUUGAGAUAUUUGAAGAAGCAUCCUACCAUCAGGAUUGUACUACUGUAGUCUGAAUGCUUAUCGUUAAGUAAUUUUUAUAUCAAAAUUUCCUUCACAUGUAUAAGAAUAGAUAAUUCAACCAAUAUCACUAUGUAUUGAUGUUUGUAUGUCAAAAUACUUUUGAUAUUUCAAUGUGCAUUCAGUAACCAAUGGAAUGUCACCGAAUUUCUUACCGAAACCCAAAGGCCCAAAAAUUUUGAUUUCACAAAAACACAACUGUCAUCCUUUAUUACUCGGCUCACAUAUAUACUGAAUGUGUCCCCUUAUAUAAAUCUCCCCAUGUAUUUAGUCAUAUUUUAGCUGUUGUGUUUAAAUGUGAAAUAUCGUAGCUCUCAAAUAGGAAAAGAUGGGAUAUAAUCACAGAAAUACUACUAGUUUAUUAGUAAUAGUACAGUAAUAGUUUAAUAAAAGCAAUAGUACAUCAUGCACCAUAUAAUAGUAAGCUUAAAUAAACUUUUAUUUAUUUUUUUUUAUAUUUAAGUGGAACAUUUUUAAAAACAAACUCAUUUUUCUGUUCCCCAACCAGACGAGACUUCGGUCAGUUUUGAAUUAGAGCUGGUAAGUCUUGUAUGGGUAAGUUUUGUGUGGAAAUGCCAUAGAUAAGAGGUUUGAGAGAAAGGCGCAAAACAUUAGAUGGCCUUUAUUUUUCUUUGAGCUUUACGAAUGAUUGUCAAACACACAAGCCCCUUUCUACGAUGCCACACCAGCAUUACACAGUUCAAACGACUGAGAACUGGGAGUUAACGCUAUUAACGUUAUAUAUUGAGAAAACCGAGGGCUAACAAAGUGUAGCAGAGAAUGUUUUCAUUUUUGCAUCAGCAAUUCAGAGUCUUCCAUGUUAUGUUUAUUUAGCUUGCAGAACAUAAAACCCUUUGUUGGUGAUUAAAGUCAACAUGAAAUCAAAACUGGCUUAUUUUAUUGGCUUAUUAUGAACGAUUGAUCACUGUUUUGGUAAUUUUUCAUGUAACUAACUUUUGGCCUCUUUUCUCUAAUUAUCUGGCUUAUAUGUAACGCUCACUUUCAUAAUUCAGUUUCUGAUGUAAAAAAUAAAAAAAAAACACUUUACAGUUUCUUUUUCCUGUUUUGAAACUGCUAUUUCACUUUGAAAUGCAUAGCAUUGUUUACAGAAGCAAGGUGUGAAUGUCGUUUCAUGUUGACUUUAACCAAGAUUACCUCGUAAUAUGAUUUCUCAUACGUGCUGCAAAAUAUGACUUAUUUCAAAGCAAUGUCUCACAGCGAGCGGAAAAUGACAGGGAUAUUUCAUAAAUCCAAAUCCAAUGUAAAAAGCCAUAUCGUUUGUCUUUAUAAACACCAGACGUAGCUGCAUUGUUUUGCUGCAGUGCUUUAAAAGCAUCAGAAUCUUCUGAUGAAGUGCAAAUACGUCUCUCUUCAUGCCAGCCUGCUUCCCCAGGUGGCAUCGACAGCCAGAUGGUCUUCAUAAAUAUGUUGUGAGGACUCAUAUUUUAGUUUAGCUUUAAUUCUGCUCAUCAAAGUCGGCUCAUCAGCUGCGUUUGAAUCUCAGUGGUCUAUCGAAGGGAAAAGACAUUUGCGCAGCUGCAUCUCCUGUGAAAUUAAGUGUGGAGGUGACGUUUGAAAUAAAAUUCCAGUAAAAGACCCAGAGAGGCUUCGAAAGAACAUCUGAAAUAAACCAGGCUUGAUUGUCUUGGAAGCCAUCAAAAGUUUAUUUCUGUUGCUGUUUGGUGACUCACUGAACAAUGUCAGCGUUUGUGGGCGGAGCCCUGGUAUUUGCUUGAGAUUGUAUACCACUUCCGUCGGCUCUACUCAGGUAGAUGUCAAGAUAUAGCAUCUGCUUCUGCUAUUUUAGUGCUCUUAGAUUCAUUUUUGCAAAGCCAUGAGGCAGCAGUUAACGUAUGUGCUAUAGACAUUUUGGAGUCAAGGUGCUCACCUGAGUAUUACAGGUUCAAGUCCACAGUGUUGUCACAUCAUCAGUCCAAUUAAAGGCUACGUCUGCAUUAAUCCACAUACUGGACAUCUUUCGCUCUACAUUUUGGCCUUCCAUCCACACUGAGACUGCGUUUUUGUCCUGUGAAAACUGGGCUUUUAGAAAACAAUGACGCAUGAGUAAUCAGUCAAUUAUUCUGACGAUUAAUGGAGUAUUUGGAUAAUUAUUAUAUAUAUAUAUAUAUAUAUAUAUAUAUAUAUAUUGGUGGUAACAAAAAAUACCUAAGCAAACAAUAGCUUUUAAAAUUACUUAAAAUACAAUGCAAUGAGGCAGUAAUAAUGGACUACUUGCACAACUACUUCUGCGUUCUACUUGUUACGGCUCGGGAGUUUCCGGUUAGCAUUCAGCGCGCCUACAUACAGACAGUUUUUCAUGAGAACGCAGAUUAUUACUACAUUUUAAAGCUGGGAUUUCUUUAAAAGAACAAUUCAUCAUGUUCAGUGCUGAAAUGUAACUAUAAAUAUAUUUCUCUUCCGUAUGUGCAUUCUGAAUAAUAAAUAAAUAUAUUUCCCCACUAACCUGCCACAUUCUCAUGAACAGUAUUUUUCUUUUACUGAUCAUAUUUCAUACCUGUUGAAUGUACAGUUUUACCAUCUUUAAACUAUGCUCAGUGUAGUGAAACCCGAGUUAAUUUGUGAUUAUAUGGUUUAACUUCAAUUGCAAUUUUUGGUUUUAUUUGUAGUAAAACCAUUGCUAAUUUGUUUGUGUGCGUUGGUGCUCUUAUUCCGAGCCCCUACUGCUUAUUUCAUUGUUUAAAAUGGCUGAAUGAUUGUACGGUAACUGCCUUAUUUAAUGAUGGUAAACAUUUAAAUAAUUUUUAACAGUAAUACGCUGACAGUGCGACUUCUUUGAAUAUUCAUAUUUUGGCAUUCGACUACAUACAGUGAAAUUAUGACGCAGAAUAGUGACUAACAUAUGUAAUACAGAUAAGUAAAGGUUCAUUAUGAUCUUAUUCAUCAGAUCUUACAAACGCUGCACCGUUUUUUUUCACCCUGUGAUUACCAGCCACCGCUUUCUCAGAUCGGUUUAUGUUGGAUUAAAACUUCACGUUCCAUUGAGUUUAGAAAAUUCUGUACUCAAUAAUCAUCAGAAUAUGUCUUCUCCUGUCUCUGAAAAUGUCCAGAUUUUGAAAUCAUCCCAUGAACUCUCAUUUUAUUAGGCGUUUGUCAACUAGAUGAUUACAGCACACUGAAAAUGUUCAUACCCGGAAAUGAGGCUCUGUGCAAGUAGUCCAUUAGUUCAAAUAAAGUAUCAAAAGCAAGUAAUCAUUUGGUUGUAUUGAAUUAAACUUAAAAUGCAUAAUGUGUUAUAAACAAUAUCUCUAAUGAACAUUGUUUUUACACUUUACAGCAUGAUCUAAACCUUGUUUAAUAUUGACUAAACAACAUUGAAGUCAAAUGUCCACCCAUUUCUUUACAACAGAAAUGCUACAGCCACUGUCAUUUCUUAAAUAUGUGGACAUCAAAACUUGUAAACUUUUAUUUUGAAGUCAUGAUUAACAGUUAGCAUAUUGAGAAAGAUACUGAUGUAUUCUCUUGUAUUUGUGUAAGUUUAUAAAUGAUUUACCUUAUAAAUCUGAUGAAAUGUUGAAAUUCAAAUUUUGUGAUAAACCCAAACUCACAGCAAUAUGCAGAGAUGGAGUUUAAGACGCUCCACACAUGUAAAUGAUAACAGUUUGUGUGUAGCAGCAUUUACUGUAAAAAGAGUCGCUCUGACAUGCAUGUAUGUAACCUACAAGGCACACAUAUAAAUAAUUAAAGUGCAUAUAUUAAAUUUGCAGAGAUUUAUUUAACUGAAUUGUAGAGUUUGUGAAUACACAUUAUGCUUUAUGAUUUUUUAAUUGGGUUUAAUAUAUCAUGCAGCCUUGGAAAACGGUCUAAUAGGGUGUUUCUUGUCCAUGGAAUGCCCACUUCCAGUAUUUUGCCACUUACUCAACACAGGCAAUCAAAGAUUGUUUUUUUUUUUUAAAUCGAGUACUUGAAUUGAAUCGAUUAAUUGUGACAGCCCUAGUGAGAACUUCUUUAUGUAUGGUCUCUCUGUGUGAGCUUUGUUUUGCGCAUUUGCAGUAAUAUGAUUUCAGAAUUUUCAGACGUUUCAUUGUGGAUUUUGUAAAAUGUUCAAAAA